UUAUGUGAAACAUUGGUACAUUCACUUGAACCCUGUUAUUUUAAUUUGGUUUAUUCACUCAGUUAUUCUUUGGUUAACCUUCCUUGCGGAACACGAACAUGUACCGGCCCGGUAAACCUCCACACGGACCGCCGCCGUUCGGGCCUCCUGCUCCCCAUGGCCCUCCUUUCAGACACGGGGGGCCCUGUGGUGUCCCUCUACCUGGACACUUGCCCCCACCUGGACCUUGCGGACCCUUUUCGGCUUCAGCACCGGAUAGCCAUUUCUUCCACAACAGGCCACCAAGACAUUUCAUACGUCCCCACUGUAGCAGCUUCUCCGUAGACCGUAGUACCAUGAUUGGUUUGGGAGGCAACCAGCAGAUUGUCCCACCUGUAGAACCACUGCACCAUCAGGUCCCAAAGUGGAAUCACACUCCUGUGGAACAUCAUCAAUCAGACCACAGUGAUCGAGCUGGUGAGGAAUUCCUGAGAUGUAUUGCCGCCAACAGGCCUCUCCCUGACUAUCUGAAAGGGAACAUGGCAUACAACCUGGCUGAUGCAUUUAAGUCAGCUGACAUCCUUAAGGAAGCAGUCAGAUCAGACCCUGACUUCCAGAAACAUGUGGCCAAGAGCAAAAGUCGCAGCCAAAGUCGGGGCAGAAGCCGCGCCAAGUCCCGAGCUAAGAGCCAUGCACGGAGUAAGAGCCGUGCACGCAGCAAGAGCCGUGCACGGAGUAAGAGCCGUGCACGCAGCAAGAGCCGUGCACACAGCAAGAGCCGCGGACGAAGCAAGAGCUGUGCACGAAGCAAGAGCUGUGCACGAAGCAAGAGCUGCGCACGCAGCAAGAGCCGAGCACGCAGCAAAAGCCGAGCACGCAGCCGAAGCAGAGGAAAGAGUCGAGCUAGAAGCAAAAGCAGGGCUCGCAGUAGGAGUUGGAGCCACAGCCGAGACAAGAAGCAAAGUCACACACGGAGCAAAAGCCGGGUCAGGAGGUCGAUAUCACGAAGUAUCAGUAAUGAAAGGAACUACGCCAAAGACCGAAAGAGAAAGAGGAGCCCCAGCUGCAGCAGCAGCACUGCUAGCUGCAGUAAUAAUCUGACGGGCAGUAGUCUGUUAGAAGGACUGAAGCUGGUCAUGAACAGUAAAGAACUGGAAGACCGGUUGCCAACCCUCAAAGAUGCCAUCCUCACUAUUCAGGCGUCAGAUGGAAGCAAACAAGGGGAGUAUGUGUCUAAGGAGCAGCAACAUGACAGUCUGGAGAAUUCAACAUUGGAAAACGACAGCAUGCUCCUUCCCCAUGACAGAGUGGGCAGCGACUUCUCUUGGCUCCAGGCGCAAAGUCAGGAGGACCCCGUGGUCAAGAAAACAGCAGAGUUUGACGAUGAAGAGUCAUUCUUGUACGGAAAUGACGACACUGGGGAAAAACAAUCCAAUAAUUCCACAGCACUUUUUGCAGCAUAUUCCCAGAUUGGAGAAUACAAACCACAGCAUAACAAAAUGGACGGUGCUCUAAACAGUCAACAGCAUCAUCAGAAUAAGUCUAUAUUCAGUAACUACGGGGAUCUGCUUGAUUUGAAACAACCCGUUCAAAUAACUUCCUCAGGCCUCGCCUCUGCUAACCUGGACAGCAGUGAGUGUGAGAAGAUCAAAAACAUUCUGAAAAGUCUGGGCACGGUGGACAUCAGUGAUAUUAUGGGGAAGAUGCAGGGGCAGAAGGAGGCAAAGCAGCCACCUCCUGCACAACUUCCUGGUUCAGAACCAGCAUCAGCAGCAUUGGGAUUGCCAGCACUGAGUAACCCAAAUGUACGGCAAGCUUUGGAGUCUCUACAGUCACUAAUCAAAGCGACCAAGGAGAAGCGGACAAGGAGGGAUGGCAGUGGCACAUCUCAGACAUCUUCUGAUAAACAAAAGGCAGGUGACGAGGACGGCAAGGAUAAACGAUCCAGAAAAACUAAAAUGGAAUUUUUAAUGAAAGAACUGGAGGGAUUGUUGAAACUGGACGGAUUGAGUUUUCUGACACCAGUGAUUGGGUUUUACUGCCAGAAAUGUGAGGAGUUCAUUGGAGAUAUGAAUAGUGCUGAAAACCAUGCAGCCAUUCACCACCAUGGUAACUCUAGCAAUCAGAAAGAGCAGAUGAACAAGCAUCCUGGAGACAACAAAGGACAUUCACGCCAUCCUAGCAGCAGCAGUAACCAUCACCAACACCCUGCAGAGAAAAGAGAUCACUGGGGCCAUGGUUCCCACAGAGAUUCAGGAGACCACCAACCAAACCAGAGAGACGAGAGAGAUCACAGAAGCAAACAUGACGAUGACAGCAGAAAUCUCAGGGCCGGACAGGAAAAUAUCUUCUUGAAGGAAGAGAUGAGGAAUGAGAGAAUGCUGAUAACAGUGUCCCGUGGACUCACACCGCCUCCAAAUGUCAGGGUGAAGGAGGUGGUGAGCAAGGAGCAGACUGUCAGGGGUCCUGCAAAAAAUGUGGAAGACUUACACAGCAAGGGCUCCAAGAACAGCAGAGAAAAGGAUAGCAAAAAAAAUAAUGAAAGCAGUGACAGCAGUGACGAUGACAAAGGAAAAACAUUGAAUGCCAAAUCACCUAAGAAGAAGAAGAAGAAGAAGAAAAAGAAAAAGAAGAAGGAGGGAGAUAAAUCCUGAGUGUUGUAGUAUGCUUAUCAGUUUUCAUAUCCAUACCAGAUUGACCCAUGUAAUGAUGUUGGCAGGUUGUCACUGGCCAAGUUUCUUAAUGUAGUUUUACAAUUCUACUCCUGAGAGUAACGUCACUGUUUUCUUUUCUGUUUUCUCCUCCCUGCCCAUCUUUGUUGCUGUGAUCAGAAGAGGGAUGCUUGGCCUCAACAGGUCCACCAUCUCCAUUCAUAAAGAGCCUGACAGGUGAGGAAGUGCACUUGUUUGCUGUCAACCAUACUCAAAAGAAACAUAUCUGUGCUUCCAGUACAGUGAUGGGUUCAAAUUGAACACCAUGAGUGGAAGCAGGUGUGAGGUUUUGAUUUGUUGGAGGUGUAAUUUUACCCUCUUAAAUGAUCUGUUUCUAGUUUCUGUGUCAACCUAGACUAAAUGUCCCAGACUGAUCACUGAACUGGACGCAUGGAGAUUAAAUUGAUUAUAAACGUUCUCUUUUGGCUGUUGGUAUGCUAGCAAAAAAGUGCAUUUUCUAAAGUGUCACUGUACUCCUUUUGCAAAGAAGCUACCUGAAAUGUUUACAUGACAAUUAAAAAUGACUUCAUGAAUGUGUUGGCUUCAUUGCAUUGUCUCAAAUAUGCCCCAGUUUCUUUUAAUUUUUUAAAAUUAAAUGUUUGAGAAAAUAAGCAGCGAGUUAUUUCGUCUUCGGUUGUAUCAUUGAUACUGUAUGA